UCAGCAACAUCAAGUUACAACGUUUUUGGUUUAGUCUGUGUCAAUACGUGUCUUUUCUGGCCAAAACAUUCUUCUUCUUAGUUACAUGUCUAUAUCGCCAUAUCCUUCUUAGGGUACACCCAUUAUGGAUUCAAAUAGGCUAUUUCAUGUCUCUUUCCUUUCUGGGUUUCUGUCUUCUGAAACUAAUCGAACCCAGAAAUUACAACCAUUCUUCUUCAAGAACAAAUAUUAGUGGCCUGGACUUGUUGUUCACCUCUGUGUCUGCCUCCACCGUGUCAAGCAUGUCCACUGUUGAAAUGGAGGUUUUCUCUAACCCUCAGCUCAUCGUCAUGAUCAUGUUAAUGUUACUGGGAGGUGAAUUGUUCACCUCCAUGAUCGGUCUCUUCUUCAUCAGAUUGAAGCUCAAAACCCACCAAGACAAAGUAGCUACGUCUUCUGUUAGUAUCCCCACAGUUACUUCCAUUCUUGAUCCAUUUGAGUUGGAGAUGGUGGAAGCAGCAGCAACAUCUGAUCAUAAUAAUAAUAAUCCACAUAACAUGAAGGAACAACCUGAAAGUGACGAGUCAUCAUCUGUAGCAGGCCAUGGAGGAUAUUUAGGUUACAACUCAAUCAAAUACCUAGGUUUUGUCGUCUUGGGUUAUCAAGUAGUUGUCCAAGUCGUGGGCAUAACAAUGGUGUCUGUUUACCUGUCCACCGUUUCUAGCGCUAAACAAGUUUUGAAGAACAAGGGAUUGGAGCUGUUCACGUUCUCUGUCUUCACGGUGGUUUCUACAUUCGCAAGCUGUGGAUUCGUUCCAACGAACGAAAACAUGAUUGUUUUUGCCAAGAAUUCUGGUCUGUUGAUGAUGCUGAUUCCUCAGGUGCUACUGGGGAACACGUUGUAUCCUUGUUGCUUGAGAUUCUCGAUCUGGGUUUUGGGGAAAUUUGUGAAGAAAGAGGAAAGCGAGUACCUUGGGAAGAACUCGCACGAGUUCAUAGUGUUCUGUUCGUUGGAUUGGAGUUCGGUAGCACUGGAGGGACUGAGCGGGUACGAGAAAGUGAUUGGGAUAAUGUUCCAAAGCGUGAAUUCCAGACAUACAGGCGAGACAAUUGUGGAUCUCUCCGUCAUAUCCCCUGCCAUCUUGGUGCUGUUCGUGGUCAUGAUGUAUCUUCCUCCAUACACGUCAUUUUUACCCGUGAAGAAGGAGGGGAAGGAUGGAGAGGGCAAUAGCGACCAGAGGAGAAGAAAGAGAAGAGGAAUAUUAGUAGAGAACAUGAUAAUGUCACAACUCUCCUAUCUAGUCAUCUUCAUCUUCAUCAUCUGCAUCACUGAGAGCAAGGGUCUCACUCAAGAUCCUCUCAACUUCAACGUCCUCAACAUAGUGAUUGAAGUCAUCAGUGCAUAUGGGAAUGUGGGGUUUUCCACGGGGUACAGUUGCAAGAGAAGGAUAAAGUUGGAUGAGUAUUGCAAGGACAGGUCAACUGGUUUCGCAGGGAGGUGGAGCCCAGAAGGGAAGAGCAUUCUCAUGUUGGUUAUGCUUUUUGGAAGGCUUAAGAAGUUCAACAUGGAUGGAGGCCAAGCUUGGAUCCUCCUUUGAUCACUUAUGGAUGAGAAUGGAUCAUCUCAAGUUAGAGAAAUAUUUACAUGAAUUUUAUGAAAUUUGUCUUUUUAUCAAAGACAUAAAAAUUUUAUGUUUUAUUUAUAAUUGACAUCUUUCAUAUUA